AUGGGCCAACUGCCUGCUGUAAGUAGAUCACCUGCACGAGGUUUUCUCCACAUGGGAGCGGACUAUGCCAGUCCCUUCCCCAUUCUCAAAUGGCGACCCACAAAUGCCCAACCAUCUAUUGUUCAUAUCACAGUAUUUGAGUGUUUCAGGACAUCAGCAGUCCAUUUAGAGCUCGUUUCCAGGCAGAAAACAGACGCAUUCAUCGGAGCCUACAAGAGAUUCACCGGAAGGAGAGGCAUCCCCGAGGUUAUGUACAGUGACAACGCAACCACGUUCGUUGGCGCUUCAACAGUCCUCAACAAGCUGUACAACCAGCCAACCAGAGAGAAUCAACAGAUCCAGGCUGCUCUCGCUACAAAUGGGACUCAAUGGAACUUCUCACCAUCGACAGCACCCCAUUUCGGAGGAAAGUGGGAAGCAGCUGUUAAAUCUACUAAGUAUCACCUCAAAGGAGUACUUGGGCCGUCGACAUUCACCUACGAGGAACUCAACAGUAUCCUAACCCAGAUAGAGGCCUGCUUAAACUCCAGGUCAAUCACGCCAACGCACAGCAAUUAUGGAAUACCAUCAGAGGCUAUCUCCACAGAUGAUCAANUCUACCGCAGAACAGGCCCUGGGAGAUAUCAUCAAUCCGAGCUGUCAGUCGUAUUAAAUGGCUCCAGUCCAAACUUAUCAACAGAACAUCAGGAAUCAGCCCUAAAUUAUCAACAGUACAUCAGCAAUCAGCCCUAA